AUGCGUACGUAAUUUUUCUCGAACAAGAUGGCGACGAGCGACGGCGGAGGAAUGGAGGUAGACGGGGCUGCCAGUCUCAGUGUUAUGGCCUCAGGGGUCACCGGGAGCGUUUCCGUGGCUUUGCAUCCUCUUGUCAUCCUCAACAUAUCAGACCACUGGAUACGCAUCCGCUCACAGGAGGGACGGCCGAUUCAGGUGAUUGGAGCCCUGAUUGGGAAACAGGAGGGUAGGAACAUCGAGGUGAUGAACUCCUUUGAGUUGCUCUCCCAUACGGUCGAUGACCGAGCCCAUAUUGACAAGGAGUAUUACUAUACAAAGGAAGAACAAUUCAAACAGGUCUUUAAAGACAUGGAAUUCUUGGGCUGGUACACAACUGGGGGUCCCCCUGACCAGUCAGAUAUUCACAUUCACAAGCAGGUGUGUGAGAUCAUUGAGAGCCCUCUUUUCCUCAAGCUCAACCCAAUGACCAAACAUACAGAUCUACCUGUUAGCGUAUACGAGUCUGUGAUUGACAUAAUAAGUGGCGAGGCUACUAUGUUGUUUGCUGAGCUGACAUACACCCUAGCCACAGAGGAGGCAGAGAGAAUUGGUGUUGACCAUGUAGCUCGCAUGACAGCCACCGGCACAGGGGAAAACUCAACAGUGGCUGAACAUCUUAUAGCCCAGCAUAGUGCCGUGAAGAUGCUUCACAGCAGGGUAAAGAUCAUUCUGGAAUAUGUCAAAUCAGUGGAAGCAGGACGGGUGCCAUUUAACCACGAGAUCCUUCGAGAAACCAACGCUUUGUGCCAUAGACUGCCAGUCCUCAGCACUGUUAAAUUUAAAACAGAUUUCUAUGAUCAAUGUAACGACGUCGGCCUAAUGACCUACCUGGGCACCAUCACCAAGACCUGCAACACCAUGAAUCAGUUCAUCAACAAGUUCAACGUCCUGUAUGACAGACAGGGCAUCGGCCGCAGGAUGAGAGGACUGUUCUUUUGAGUUAGCCAUCAACAGAAUAAGAGACAAGAAGAGACAUUACCACUGCAUUUUCUUUUUUGUUCUUUAUUUUUUCGGUCAAUGCUUGUCUUUUUUUUUGGAUGUAAACUGAGACUUACAUUUUUGUUCCCAUGUACAAAAGAACAGUAGCUUUUCAGAUAUUUGCAGCAGAUGUUAAGUGUAUCAAAGCAAUUAAAUGUACCAUUCAGUUACAUAAACGGAGAAAGAAACCUCAUACAAAAUGCCCUCAAGUCCAUAUUAUGGCUACAUCAAUGAACCCAGUGUCCGUAAAUGGAAAUGUUAGUUAACCCACAUUUGCUUUAUUUUGUUUCCUGUUUCUGUAUGUAUUCAAUGAUAUGAUUUUUUGUUUGUUUUGUGGGGCUUUGAAUCCUCUUUUUCAAAAUGAUUAAACAUUAUUAUUGCACAUUGAGGAGAAAA